GGGGGCCGGCUUUGCCUGUCGGUGCGGUAUUACGGGGGGCUCGCAAUGUUUCUGCCGUGUUCGGGGGUGCUUAAGCGACUUCGGUGGUGCAGAUGUCUGUGUCUGCCUCUCCCUUAACGCUGGUUUUUAUUUCUGCGUUUCCAAAAUUGUGUGUUGGUGCCUUGAAUUCUUGCUCAGGUUGCAGUUAUUCCAAGGUAGUAGAUAUGAGGGCUUUUUUGUUUUUUUUUUCUUGGACUCCAAGACUGCAAGGCAUGCAACUUUGCAGAAAUAUCUGCUAGGAUGUCACCGUGGUUUCUGAUACCCCAUUGAUGUAAGAAGUGAUAAAUACCUUCUCCUUCUGAGUUACUAAAUAUGUAUCAUCAUCAACAGAGGGUUAGUGGGCCCUGCAUCUUAAGGUGGAAUUGCGUAUGAUGCGUGUUUGUUUUAGUGCGCUGUCUUAAAUCCUGCAGCAUUACUAAGUGACCCUGCCUUUCAGGGUGAAGUUCUGUAGGCCUGGUCUAUGGCCAAAGAUAAACUUUCUGGCAAAGUUAGGUUAAGUGAUGUUGAUGUUUUGAGAUACAAGUGGACUUGAGAAGAAAUGCCUUCUGUCUUGGAAAAAAACCAACCAACCGAACCCACAACUUGUUCAUCAUUUGUAUAGAUUUCAAUCAUUGUUAUUAGUUGCCUCAACUAUAUUUAAAAGCUAGGUCUGGUGGGAACAUAAGGCAUGAAGAUGUCUCAUUCUGGUUUACACUUACAGCCAAGGAAGGUCAUAUUUUGUGCAUGCCUUCCCCAUCAAACGGUACUCAGAUUUAAGUCCAUACCAGUUCUUUUCCCAGCACUGUACUGUUGACAGCUGGGGAGGUUGCUCUCUGUUACCUGUGCCACCAGCAGUGCAUGGGUACUACCAGGCUGUGGUACUCAGGGCAUGGUGGCUGGGUCUUCUCCUUCAGCGCUGCCUUUGGGAUGCCCCAGCCUAAAAGUAGUGAGGAGGGCUGCGUGCCUGUCUGCCUUGAGGACAACUGGCACGGAGUGGAAGUAUAUCCUAGCCCAUACAGCGUGUAGGAGGAGGCAUGGCUGAGAUCUGAGAGAUGCUGUCUUGAGGCAGAAUGUCUCCUUGGCUCACCCUGGAGCGCUGCAGGUCCUUACCCCGCCUCAGGAUAAACUGUUAUGUGCACGAGUACUGUAUGACAGAGGUUCCUCGUUCCUUUGCUGUUUUCCAGUGUAAAGAUUUUGCAGCUUCUCAUGUGAAGGGAAAGGAGGAGUCAAAGAUGUCCCUUUACCUUCUGGACAGGGUAUCUGUAGUGAUCAGCAGUGGAGGGUUAAAGGGACAUGUAAAUCAGCUGAACUCGAGUGAUUCUUUUUUUUUUUUUCUUUUAAAUAAUAUCUGUAAGAAAGAAAUCAACAUGAUGUGAGCAAUUUCCAUGAUGAAAGAUGACUAUUAGAAGAAAAUCAGAGUUGCAUAUGCCAGGCCAAGAAGUUUGAAUUUUAAAAUUGUCUAUGCAGUCUUAAUUUUAUCUCAGACUACUGUUUACUUUAAGAAUCAGUAAAUAACCUCACAAUUAAAGAUGUAUUACAAAUAAAGAAUAUUACGUUAUACUUUUUCCCAUGUGGAUGCAGAUCCUGUAAGCAGUGUGUCCUAUCUUGUAUAUGACAAAUCCCCUCCAUGACAGUUGCCUAUGGAAGACUUAAUGCAACAAACACUCAUGCAAAAUUAAGCAGAUGGAUCCUGACUGCCAUUUACUGUAGAUCUCUUUCUAUUGCUCUCUGAAGUAUUUAGCUAUAGUUUACUCCCAUCUUAAGGUAAGAGGCCCAUUAUGGUGAUGAAAUAAUACUCUGAAAUUGGAUGGCAUGUUUAUCUACUUGCAUAGUUGAUCUAAACUGCCUUGAUAGGCCUGUGUUAUAAUGCGUUUAACCGUCACAAAUAUGAACUUGUUCUGUUAGUAGCCCCACUGAAAUCAAUUAAACUGUCUACAGAGUUCUAGCUGAGAAAACUAAAGAUAGCAGAAUCUUUUCUCAUAGCUCUAUUUAACCAGGAAAGCGUAUGCUGAAUGUUGGAGGGAAGUUGGGUAACGCUACAGCAUUUACACUGCUGACGGAUGACUUGCACCAUGCCAUUCCUGUCUUCCUUCUGUGUGGUGGAAGUUAGUUUUCAUGACAGUGGUUUUGACUUUGUUUUUAUGGUCACAUCAUGUUAGGUAUAGCUAUCCUGGAAUUUCUCAGAGCCUUGAUGGUGGCAGGCUAUUUAAAAACAUAAAAACUCCUGCUGGCUCUAUUCCUGUCUUAAAAGCUUGUCCCCAGGGCAAUGAGUGCUCUUUUUCUUUCUUUUUUUUCCACCAUUUCUUUUUUUCCUUACCUUUAGUUACUAGUAAUAACUAAAUUGCCUCCAAUCUUGUAUUAUUUGGAAAUCUGUUUUUAGAGAUAAACGUUUCAGAAAUGCUUGUGUCACUUGAGCACUUUAGUCCCACUGAUUUUCUUUUUUUUCUUUUUUUGUUUAAUUAUUUUUUAUUUUUUCUAAUAGAGCAUAGACCUCUCUGGAGACAGAUUUUCAAAUGUAAUACAGUACCUAGAAAUGCAGGCAUCAACUGGGAUUUUCCAGAGCUUGAAUGUAGCAAGGUAUUUAUCUCCUGCUAAUUUUAGCAGAUUGAAAAUCGCAGAAGUUAUCCCAGAUAAAUGCUGUCUGCUUCUCCAGGUUCCUAAACGCCUUUGAAGUCAAAUUCUAUUUUCAAAAGCCACUCAGGAACAAAGUUCUGAGGUGGCAUUUAAUUUACCUUUCACUAAUUUUCCAGAAGUGUUAUUUUAAAAUGUAUAUGUGGCUCACUAUUUGCUUAAACAAACAAACAAAGCCCAUAGCGUAAAUAUGAUUGCUACCAAUGCAGCCCUAGCUGGAAGUGAUCUGCAAAGGCCAAGAUAACGCUUCUCUCGAUCCCAGUGUAGCCGUGAACAGGAUUUGUUAUGAUAAGAAGCUAAUAAGACAUUAACAAAAGUAGCUGUGACUUGAUUCAUAAUAUCACUGCUCAUUAUUCUAGGAAUGUUCAUCCGGGCUUUAGAUGUGAUUUAUAAACUUUAAUUAAAUAAGCCUCUCAGAACCCCGUGUUGGAAAUGCAGGGUUAGUUCUAUAAACUUGAAUUAACUGAGAAAUAAGUGAAUAAAGGUUAAUAUGGGAUAAGCUCUCCAUUUUGCAAAAAAAGAUAUAGCUUAAAAUGUUGCAUUGGUUGUAGUUAGUGUAGGAAAUGCGAGAAAUAGCUCAAGGUUGUUCAACAAGACUAUGGAAAAGAGCCCUUGGGAGCUGACUGCAUACAACAAGGUGUGCUCAAGUUGAUUCCCACUCUUCUGCUUUUGUUAAUUUACUUGAGAAAAGUUAACUGUAGAAUAUCUUUCCUCAGGAAGGUCUCUGUGAGUAUUUGAGGGAUGUGUAUGUGUGUGUAUUUUAUACCUACCUAUAUAAAACAAAUCUGCUUUAAAAUAUUUGGGUUCUUUUUAAGUCAUCAGUGGCAGUAAUACCUUGUAAUAUUUGUUUAGGUUUUGGAGUGUGAGCUUGUCCUUAGGCUGCCAAAAGAGGAUGCGGCUAAUGGUUGUAUCCCUCCCAUUCCCACUGACACAGCUGUAUCUGCUGUGCGUGUUGUAUGUUGCAUCUUCUCACAGUCAUGGAGCAGAGGGGUGUGUGUGCUGUCAAUCAGAUCUGAAGAAGACUCCUCAUCCUUCAGAAGUAGCAUGCCCACAAUCUUCCUGGCCAAUGAUUCUUCUACAGCAAACAGGACUUCUUCCUCAUCCUGAGAAGCCUUCAUCUCUUCCUAUGUCAGUGGCUACAAGGCCAAGAGCCAGCUCACCACUGUCCCCACCAAAAUCUCUCGGACUGGGGCCUUCCUUUCAUCACGCACAAGAAGAAGAGCUUGCAAAGGUGGUGGAGCAGGACCCUAUGUUGGAAGAGCUAUGUAAACCUCUGUGCUGUAAGCUUUGCAAUGUGACUUUGAAUUCAGCACAACAAGCCCAGGCUCAUUACCAGGGUAAAAACCACAGUAAGAAACUCCGAAAUUACUAUGCUGCCAAUAGCUGUCCGGCACCUGCCAGAAUGAGUAAUUCGGUUGAGCCUGCCCCGCCUCAGGUUGUCUCCCUUCCAGCUCAGAUGGGAUCCAGUAAACCAGGUGGUCGAGUGAUCUUGGCCACAGAGAAUGAUUACUGCAAGCUUUGUGAUGCCUCAUUUAGUUCUCCAGCUGUGGCACAGGCUCACUACCAAGGGAAGAAUCAUGCCAAACGGCUGCGUCUUGCAGAAGCACAGAAUAACUCAUUCUCGGAUGCAUCAGAACUAGGCAAACGGAGGGCAAGGAAAGAAGGGAAUGAAUAUAAGAUGAUGCAGAACAGAAGAAAUAUGUAUACGGUUCAAAACAACACAGGUCCCUACUUCAAUCCCCGCUCACGCCAGAGGAUUCCUCGGGAUCUGGCCAUGUGCGUCACCCCCAGUGGCCAGUUCUACUGCUCCAUGUGCAACGCCGGGGCCAGCGAGGAGAUGGAGUUCAGACAGCAUUUAGAAAGCAAACAGCAUAAAAGCAAGGUGUCCGAACAGCGGUAUAGGAAUGAGAUGGAGAACCUAGGCUAUGUACAAUGACGCGCCACCCUUGAUAGUAGUUUGCAAAUAGAGCAGCUUGUCUCUCGCCUGCUGUUUGCCACAUGCCCUGCUUUGUGCUCCAUUUGAUAGGAGUAUGCUCUCGAGCUAUACAUGUAACACCUGCAAACUUAAUGGUAUGGUUAGAUUUUUUUUCUAUCGUAGUUGGCAGGAUGAUGCUGUGCAGGACAUGAAGUGUUUUUGAUGUUUGUUUGCUAAUUAUCUAAGGCUCUUCAUUGUAUUGAGUGGUGGGGAGGACUUUGUCUUCUCCCCAGCCUUCUGCAUGAAUAUGCAAAGCCCAAGAAGUGCUGGGAACUUCUGUGGUUCUACCACACAGGUGGACCAUGUGGAAAGCCUGCUCCUCUCUUUGCACACCACAGAGCAGUGCUCCAGAAUGCCUCCCUACAGCAGACUGAAUCUCUGGGCAGCUUGUAAAGGAGGGGCAGGAAUGGGGCUUGUGAAUGUGUGAAUAAGGUGGUGUACUUUUCCACAAAUUGCUGCUUGUGGCCCCCAUUACAGCCCAGAGUAAGUUCUUUCCACAUCGUUGUAGAAAGGCUGUGCAUACGCCUCCUUCUUGGAGGGUCAUGCCUCUUACUGCUUCUUCUGUGAUGCAGAUUUCAUUCUGAACGUCUGACAUUGGAUAUCCGCUGAUUAGCCCCAUUCAGAAAUACUCUCUUCUACCAGUUAACGAUGAAAAAAGAUUCUCAGUGUUGUUGUAAGGCUGGGCACCUUAAUGCAGCAUGGGUGUAGCUCAUCUUCCUGAAGAGAGUCUCUGGGGGUCUCAGUGGCUUAAUGAACUGAAUUGGAAAGCAAACCUGCUCAGGUGAGAUGUGCUCUGCUCUGAUUCUGCUUUAGACUGAGUAGGGUUGAGAAUAGGUUGGAAGGUGCUGUCAGCUGUAAUUGCUUUGCAUACUGAUGUGGAAGAGAGCAAGUGUUCGUCUCUGGCCUGCAGCUCUGUUGCUCUGGGAGAGCAGGGCUGCCUGGACCUUGAGGAGCAGGUAUCAGUGUGUCCCACUUCCAUGCCAUUCCCCGGACAAAGCCCAUUGGGUGUUAUAGAGGAGAGGUGAAAUGCUCUUUUGGACUAGAGCUCCCAAUAUUGGAUGAAUUUUUCCCCUCUUUCUUUUCUGAUCUCAGAAUGGAUUUUAAUUCCAUUCGUUCAGUGAACUUCACUGUUUUAGGGACCAUCAAAAAUCCAAAGUUAGGUAAGAUGCAAAUAUCAGAGGUGGUGAUUGUUUGAGUAACAGCUUUUUGGCCACACAGAAGUAUUCAUGAAACUUGUUAAGCAACUUUGUAAGUGUAGACAAACCCAAAAGGUGUGUGUCUGUUUUGAUUUUCCUUAGCAAAAGUAGAAAGAGGAUAAAGAGCAGAAGUAGGGCUGACAUUUAUUUUUCUGCUGAUUUGGGUAGAUGUGAGGAGCUGUGAUUGGAAUCCAGUUCACAGCGUUUGUAAAACAUUGGUUCCAGUGGCAACUGCAGCUUGUAGGUAACCUCCGUUGCACCUGAUUCACCACUGUGCUGCUACAGCUGUACGCUGGUACAGCUUCAUUGACUUCAGUGGCAGGUGCAGAGAGGGGGUAAAGGAAGCAUCGUGGCUUGUCUCUCGCUCCUCUUUAGGCAGUAGGUUGAAUGAUGCAGCUCCAUUGGUUUCAGUAGUAUUUUACCAGGGAUAAAUUUUACCCAGUGCAUAAUGUUGAAGGUAGCUCCCCACCCACUUUUUUUGCCAUUCUGAUCCUGCCUCUUGCAUUCCAGAAGGACUUUCUGCUUGCCUUAAAAAAAUGAAAAAUGAGUAAACUAACAAAAAAUCCAGAUAGUUUUUAUUCAUCUUUCUAGUCCACCUCAGAAAGGUUUUGUUGCACUUGGCUGCUCCUCAGAAAUCGACUAUUGUUAUCUUUAGCCACCUGAGCAUCAGGUAGCCAUACAACCUUAACAUAGCCUUCCUAAAUCUAGGUAAGGCGAGCUCUUGCACAGUAGUCAAAAGCAACCCUGUACAUCAUUCCAUGCUGAUCCUUGCCCUGCAGAUACAGGCAGAGCAACGGACACCCUCUUGAACGGGAUUCCCUCCCCUCCUUUGGGCAAAGCCCAAUUAAAUAGGGUUUGCGUACUGGAGCAUGUUAGAAGGUAGGAGGACAGGUGCCCAGGUUGCAAAGCACUAACUAAGCAGUUUUGACAGCCUGUAAGUCUGUUUCUUCUCUGCUUUCCUGCCCCUGGCUCACCCUCUGUGUGGCCUUGAAGAACAUUCCCCUUGCAAAAAAAUCUCUCAUCAGCCUUUUCCCCUCAUCUUUUGCAGUCAAAGAAGGGCUCUGGUUUUCUCUUUGUGUUCUUGUCUUUUGUUUGCUAGUCUGAUGCCACUGUGCAGGGACAGAGAGAGCUGGAUGAGCCUUACCACAAUGGGUUUCACCAGAGAGAUCUCUGCGUUAUGCUCAAACAUCUUUCUUUGCUGUAAAUUAAAGUGUGGCAUUUCCCACAGCUCACAAUUAGUAUCAGAAAACCAUCACUUUGUAAAAUAUGAGCUGGAGGAGCUGUAAGUACUGGUGUUGUCUAGCUUAUCGCUAGGGCCAAGAAGGCAUUUUUGUCUGCUUUCAAGUGUCCCAAAAAUCAACUGUUCACCACCUUGCUUUGGUUUCUGUUCCUGCUCCCAGCACAGCAAUCUGCUCCUCAUUUGGCAUUUCCAGUGGCUGCUGGAGGUAUCAAAACUCAGUUUGCUCCAUGUGCUGUUACCUCCUGGUAAGAGCUGGUGCAAACAUGCCACAGCAAGCCAGUGUGCUAGUGCGUUUGGGAGGGUGUGCGAGGGAGGCGCAGGCUGUUCCUGUGGGCUCCUUUCUGCACAGAUCUGAGUCUGGUUUUGAGGAAUGGCCCUGAACAGAGAGGUCUGUAGCUGCUUUGUUUUGUCCAAGGGAGUACAGCAAGUAAAUGUCAUCAUCCUGAGAAUUUCAAAGCUGUGAGUUAUAUAGCAGGUAUAAAGCAAACAGUGGGACUCAAGCGACAAGAGUAGGACAGGUUUCGUACAUGGGAGGAAGGAUAUUUCUUGCUGGGAGAUGCAGCUGAAACUUGCUUUGCCCCAGUGCUCUGUUGUGGUCCUUCCCUACAAGUGACCAAAGCUUGCCUCUCCCUCUUCAGCAUUGCUUAAUGGUUUGUGAUCUUCCCACUCUCCCUUCAGCAUAGAAAAUGUUGACUGCAAAGAGAAAACACCCCACCUCAUUAAUAUCGUUAGGGUUCAGGCCAAUCCAAACUCAUACUUGUCAGCAUGAGAAACUGGGUGGAACCUGAUCUUACUCUUUUUGUGAAAGCUGUUCUCCAAAUCAGUGUUCAAAACAUGUUGAAAACAUGUCCUGGCCAAACCCUGUUUGACAUAGAUGGGCUGAGGAGAAUACCGUACAGCUGUAGUACCAUUUUCCAGACCCAUUGAAUCUUUUUCUCAUGUUAAACAAAGUACCAGACCCCAGGAACAGGACUUCUGUGAAGCUGUCACAUUGGCCAGUGAGUUAAUGAUCUUUGCUGCUAGAAACAAAAUAUAAAUCAAUGUGUUCAUAUUUAUUUUACUGUGCUGACCACUAAUUGAUUUGUUAAUAUUUAAGGCAUUAUUCUGUUGGUUGUUUUUGUUUAAAUAGAAAAUUCUAUGUCGCACUUUGCUUUUGGAUCAGAACAGAUAUUUAUUGUAUUUGUGAAAAUGUAUUCCCUCCCACAUAUGUAUUGUUUUCUUUCCCUUGAUGAAAAAAAACCCCAAACAGUAAAACCGACCCCAAAACCAAAAAAUAUCCAAAUCCAACCAGUGAAUCUUCCUUGUUUCUUUUCAUGCCAAACAAAAUGGGGAUUUCCUUGCAACUUGCUCUUAAAUAUCCAUUUCUUUUUUUUUUUUUUAAUAUCCAGUGGUUCCUUUGAUAACUUGGGAUGAUAUUUUUAGAGACAUAUGAAGUUCAUACUGCAUUUAGGCAUUUCUUUUAAGGCAAGGAAGUAAACUAUGUGGAAUCCAUGUAUUUGUGAGGAGUAUGAAAGUGAUACUAUUUUGUUUGUAUUAAGCAUUAGCUGUUAUUUUGCAUUCUGCACUAAUGAGUAAAUGUGGUGUUAUCUUGCCUAACACUGGUCUAUUUUUGACUUUUGCUUUCUUGACAUACAUCAAAAGGAACCCCGAAAACUUCUGUGGAGUUGCUUAGGAUGGUCAUCAGUGUAACAAAAUGCAGAUUUUUUUUCUGUAAAGCUUCUUGUCUGUCUUCCUUUUCUAGAUGCCCAUUAUAGGGCAUUAGAAGGGAAAGCUAUUGCCAUAAGCACGGAUUCAUAUUUUAGCUUACUAAUGCAUGAUGUCCUUUUGCUAUGUUACUGAAGUAAUACUCUCACUGUAACCAAUGGGAAUCUUGCCCAAGUCAGGAGUAAAUGAAAUACCCUAGCUGAAUGUAUUAUGUUGGCUAGGGCCAGGCAAGAUACAUUGCUAAGAUUUGUGGUUUACCCCUAUGUUUGGGUUACAACACUCUUAAGGUUUUGCUUUUUGAGGAAUGUGUAUCUGGUUCUGUAAGGAUUUGGUCCUGCUCCAGCUAAAAUAAUUUGAAGUACGUUGACUUUAGUUGAGUAGGAGCAAGCCUUGAAACCCUUCAGGAAUUUCAUACUGCUGAUGUUUUCUCAUGUAUGUGGUUUUUGUUCUGUGUUUUUUUUGUUUGGGGUUUUUUGGUGUGUUUUUUGUUGUGUGGUUUUUUUUUUUUAAUUUUACAACCAUAUAUACAAGGAUGCUCUGGAUGAAAUGGAUACCUGUUGCCAAUUAUGGAAAAAUAAGUGCCGCGGUUGCCAGAGGAUUAACAGAAAAUGGAGAAGUAUGGACCUGAUUUCUUUGAAGUUAGUGGCUAAGCUCCUAUUUUUUUGAGCUGGGCUGGCUUCUUUGCCAUCUGCAUAAAAUUGGAAGUGAAAAUCCACUUUCCAAUAAAUGUGGUCAAACAGUAGUUCUGGGAAUCUCUCCUUAAAAAAAAUGUAUCAUAACUACAGUUGUAUCUUUUUAUCUGAAGUAUCUGCAGGUAAAGGCAGGACUGUGCAUUUUUAAAAAUAAAAUCAGUUUUUCAGCCUGUGUUUUGCAGGGGAAAAAUUACAUGAUUUAAUUUCCUUCUGCAUCUGUGCAGCAACAUCAUUUGCAAAUGCUUCGACCGUGUUUCAUCUAGAGCCUUCUUGUCAGGUUGGUUUUGUACAUUUGUCCUUAUUUUCUUUAUAUUGUACUGACCCCUGUGAGGGAAUGGUUGAUGCAAAUGACUUUUUUUCCUUUUUUCUUCUUCAUUAUAUAAUAAAUCAUCUUGCUCUUAUCA